UCCCGUCGCCCACAGAACCUACCCCUCCUAGCUAGGCUACAACUUCAGCAUCGGUCGGCGAUGGCUAAUCUGGCAGAAGCUGGCUACGUGUUCCAACCCGCCGGCCGUGAGCUCGUCGGCCACUACCUCAUGCCCAGGGCGGGGCUCGGCGGCUUCUUCCUCCCCGGCGUCAUCGAGGAGGGCGUGGACGUCUUGUCCUUGCGCCCACGCGCGCUCUCCUUCCCGGAAAACCACAGGAGGGAUUACGGCGAGGUAUGGGGCUUCUUCUUCGCGGCAAAGCCCGCCGGCGAGACGUGCCCGACGCCCGGGUGCUGGGUGCAGUACGGCCAGGAGAAGGCGUACUACGGCGGCGAGGGCGGCCGGGAGGCAGUGGCGUUCUGGCGCAGGUUCGCGUACCGCUACUCGUGGAGGGACGGGGAGGUAAUAUCGCCGACGCGCUGGCGGAUGAAGGAGUACCGGCUCAACAGGAACGCGGCAGCCUUCCGCCGCGCGCACCCGGGCCCCGUGCCGGCGGACGUCGUCUUCGUGGUCCACAAGGUCUACAGGAAGCCGCUGAUCCCUCGGCCGCCGCCGCCGCCCGUCGACAGCAGCUCCAGCGAGGACGAGGGCUCCGAGAGCUACAUCGUGUACCCGCGACUCGAUGAGCUCAUGCGGCGGUUAACGCUGGGGAACUAG